GAUGAGAGGCAUAGGGGCUGGAGGGACUUCCUUUCCACCAGAUCCCCAGGUGGUCUGGUCAGAGGACCACCCAAGAAUAUAAAAUAAAGCUUUGCAAUUAAAAUGGUCCCUUGAGGGGUAAACCAGCAGCAUUUGACGAAUUGGAAAAUCAGAUUCUAAACCUGGCUCCACUCAUUACAAAAUGGGUGGUCCUGAGAAAGUCCCCCACCUCUCCGAGAACCACAGUGAAUUCUCCUCGAUUCCUGGAAGGUUCCGGAGAAACAGCCAGCCCCGUCCCUUCUGCAGUCGGUGGGGCACUGGCAACAGCAUGAGGGUCACUAACAAGCCGCAGUGUCCCCGACUCUGCAGGGUCUAGUUCCAGAAGUCCCAGGUCCCGGGAAAUCCUUGGCCCCAGGCGCACCGGGACAGUCAGUGCUUGUGGGCUCGUGAUGUAGGAAAGCGGUGAGGGUUCGAAGCCGAUGGCCAAGAAAGAAUUAUUGAGACUUCUUCAGUGCAAAAAGGUGGUUUUAUUAAAGCUCGGGGACAGGACCUGUGGGCAGAAAGAGCGGCACCGGGGUCGUGAGUGGUGGCCCAUUACAUACUUUCAAGUUGGGAGGGGGUUAGAGAGAGCGAAAGUCCUUAAGGAAUUUUGGAAGCAAGGUUUGCAGGACCUUGAGGGGCUAGCUAUUGUUGGGAAAAGGUCAUUUACUACCGUCUAAUAAAACCUGAGUCAUGAGACCCAUCAGAUGUCUAUCAGUGGGCCACAUGCCUGGGGGAUGAUUGCCAACAUGUAUCUUGGGGGGUAGAGAUGAAGGAAGUUUCCAAAGGAAUUUUUAUGUUAAAGAAGACUUACAGGGUCCUGGAGGGUCGGGCUAAGAUUGCCUUUGCCCUUAGCAAAGUGUCCACAUCCAAGCAGUUGUGUCCCUAAAGGAAGGUCAUGCUGCCUUUUCCAAGGACUUGUCAAUGGGCUGUAAGUGGUAAGGACAUUUAAUAAUUUUUCUUCUGCCUUUGUUCCCACAUCACUAGGGAUGGAGUUUUUUUGGAAUAGCAUUGUUGGGGAUCCGGAGCCCACAAAGGAAUUCUUGAGACGUCUUCGGUGCAAAAAGGUGACUUCAUUAAAGCAGGGGGACAGGACCCCUGGGCAGAAAUAGCUGCCCAUCCUGGGAUUGUGAGGAGCAAGGAUUACAUACUUUGGGGUUGGGGGGAAAUCAAGACAAAGGGAAGUUCCAAAAGGACUUUGAUCUGCUAAAGAAGACUCACAGGAUCCUGGGGGCCUGGCUGUGGUCAAACUGAGGAUGUUUUUCCCUCUCGUGAGGCAUUAACAUUAAGACAGUUGGGAUUUUCCUGGAGGAACAUUAUACUCUGCCCGCCUCAAGUAUUUGUUGAUGGGCUGCAGGUUAUAAGGACAUUUAAUUUUAUCUACAUUUCCUUCUGCCUUUGUUUCCCACACCACUAGCAAAGAAGACAGAAAAGACAAGGGACUGCUGAGAUUCAUAGUUCCCUAUUUCUUGAGCAGCCUUCAGAGGCCAGGCUGAGGGAGCCUGCCGUGGGGGAUAAAUCCCCCCAGCUGCCCGGGGAUGAUUGAUGAGGGGAGUCUGGAAAGGUGUCCUGCGGGCGCGCAGGCUCCUCCGCAAAGCUUCCCCAUCAGCCCGGACCAUCUUCUCCCUCCCUGGAGGAGUCUAGGGGAGGUAGAGUCCAGCCCUGUCACACUGGAACAAAUGUCCUUGGGGUAGAUUAGAGACAGACAGGCGUGAGUCAAACCACAGGCAGGAAAUUUCAUUUCCAGACCUUCAGACUCCGCUUUCCUGACUUAUUACACUCAAAACACAUUUAAUUUUGCAAACAAAGCCGAGAAGCCUUUCCAGCAGGGGCUCAGCCCCCAGGGCUGUGUUUGUCUCCCUCCCUUGAAAUUCAGAGUUGAACUUGAGCCCUCCAGCAAAGCAGGAUGGAUCAGGAGGCUGAUGGAGUUUGCAGGGGGAAAAGCCCAGAGUCUUACAGCCUCGUGCCAUUGCUCUGACCCUCGGGGGUGACUCAGAGCACUUGAUUUUCACCUUGGAGAUCUUCAUUUUCCAGGUUGAGAUAUUAUAAACCAAGUCAUCGAAGAGGAGAUUAUUCACUAACGCAGUUCAACUUUUAAAAAAACUAGUCCAGAGAAAAGAGGUCUUUGUCCUUUUAAGAAAGCAGUAUUUGGUAUUUCCAAGUUUCUGGUGGAUGCUGAGCUGGGCGACCAUGGGUCUCUGGAAGGCCAGCCUGUCCUCGAAUUCCCCCGGCCUCCCGAGUCCAGAGCGUGCCGACGCGACGUAACGGAUGAGCAGCCAGCACAGAAGGAACGGUCAGAAGCUGGGCAGAGACCUCGGGCCUGGCACCAGCCCCUCCUGGAAGAACUGCAGGGGACCUCCAAGGUCUGUCCUGUUAGGAGACAGACAGGCAGCGAUGAACCAGCUGCAAGGGCUUUGGGGUGAACGUGGCUGCAGAUGGGGGAGGGCAGCGAGACUCACCUCUCAGGGGCACUGAAGCCUCCGGGGGCAGGGAUUCCCCACUCAGACCCAUGGGGCAGCUUUUAAAACCUGGACAUUUGGCCUUGACCCUGGGGCGGCAGGGCCAGGCACCAUUAGUUCCAGAAACUUCCCACGUGAUUCCACGGUGCGGUCACUGGACAACCACCACGUGAGGUGACACCUGGUCCUCAAGGAACCCACCAGUGGGGCUCGUCGAAGGGAAGGCAGGCUCUGGGGAGGGCUUCUCCUCAAGCGUGAGUGACCAGAAAGAAAGGAAGCCCAGGAGGGCUACUUCAAAUGACGGGACUCAAAGCAGAGGCAAAAUUCUACUCUAAACCAGUGGUUCUCAUGCUCUGCUGUGCAUGAGCAUCUCCUGGGGGCUCGUUACAAUAAGGGCUGCUGGGCCUGGCCCCAGAUCCCCGCUCCCACCACUCUGGGGCGGGGUUGAGAGCCUGCGUCCCUAACUUGCUCCCAGGAGCCCCUGCAGCUCCAGGGACCUGACUCGGAGACCCGAGAACCACUGCCCUAAACGAAGAUCAAGCUCACAGGCUCUCAGCUGGGCUGAGCCCAGGGCCAGCACGUGAAAGAGCUGGGUUGGCAUCAUCCAGAGCCAGUUCCGAUGAACACAGGGAUGCUGGCAGGGGGACAGGGCAUGGGUCCCAGUGUGGACUCGAAGGCAUGCCUCACACUGAGAUGGGAUGCAGAGGCUCCGGCUGUAAGACUUCCACCUUGAAUAAGCACCAGCAAAACCACCAGAUGGGGUACUAGGCCCCCCGUCCGCGGAGUUCCCCUUUCAGACGACACAAGGCUACCUCACUAACGAGCUGCCUGAGUGACCCGGGCUCCGCUCUCCUGAACCCUGAUUCUAUGCGCAGCCUUCGAGUUAGCCAAUAGUGAACAACCCCGCAAAACCCCAGACGCCCCACCUUUGGACCCUAAUAAAGGGAGAGCCCAUCUCCUAUGACCUUGCCGUGUGGCCCUGGGCAUGCUGCGUUCCCUCCAGGACUCGUGAGUGAUAAACCUUGUCCCUCAAAGUGCCCUGAUGGUGUCCAGCCAGAGCCACGGGGCGGGGGGGAGCCCUCUGUCUGCAGCCCCGAGGAUCGACUCCUUCUGUCCCCCCAAGCUCAGAACCCCUCACUAGGCUGAAGCCAAAAGAUUCUUUUCUUGACCAAACUGAGGACAGGUCCCGCUGAGCCUUCUCCUCGACAGGCUGCCUCUAGGUGUUGGGCCAGGUUCUAGGUCUGCCUAAGCCCCUCUGAGCAAAGCAUCCUGCUCGGUCCCCGCCCCCCUCCAUAUCUGAGGAAGGUCCUCGUCCCCCGCCCGCCCGUGCGUCUCAGUCCUUGGCUGCCGCUAGCUAGAACCCGGUCCCCUAGCGUGGCCUGUGGCUGCUCGGGGCUGGAAGAGCCGCUGUCUUGGCUGCGUUUGGAGUGGGGUCCGGCUCUCUCCUACAUCAUAGUAGCGUCGAAGAGUCUGUCUCUGGGCUUGGACUCGAGUCGGCUCUGUUUCUCUUGGGCCCACCCCCGUGAGGCUUGUCUGGCAGCCGCCUGCUUCCUCAGGGAACACCCCACACCGCCCACGGCCCCCUGGGCGGGCAGAGGCAGACUUGGCUGUGCAGUGCUCACACUGACCCGCCCCGUUCCCAGCCUGGACAGCUUGCAACCCACACAUUUCCGUGGCCCGUUGGGGCCUCCUCCCUGGGGUUAGCUAUGCAGAGAGCCCCAAAGCUAGAAAAGGCCCCCUGGCUCCACGGUGCAGGGCCUUGCUGCGACGUUUGGAAACCUCGCAGGCCCGAGACAUCUCUCUGGCCACACUGUCAUCCCCACGAAGGAAGAAGAGUGCCCGGCAGGGUCAGCCGGGCGGGCAGGGCUCGGCCCUCCCUUUCUGCCCAGCGCCAGGGCAAGGUCGUGCCUGGGCAGCAAGACAAAGGCUGACUGUCCUCCCCGCCCCCUCUGCCGGGACCUCGGCAUGAGGACGUGUCAGGGCGUGUGGGGUGGCGAGGGCUGACCCAGAUGGCCGGCCUCCUGCUGUGGGCAAGCGUCCCCAGCGGGGGGGGUGUCGUCCUGCAACUGUGCGUAGUGAUGGGUCAUUUCUGUGGGGCACCUGCAUUCCGAGUUAGCUGGGCGGGGAGCACGUGCUCCCUGGGGACCGUAAGCAGAGGCUGAACUCUCAGGGCAGUGGUCUUUGACUGUCAGGGCAAACGAAGUGUGGGAAUGGUGUGCCCAGCUGGUGGCCCUGGCGGGGAGGGUUGCAGUCGGCCUCUCAUUGCUCUGCUCCGAGGGCACUAGCCAGUCCGGAAGCUUCACACGGCGCCCUGGCCAUUUCCCAAGGGCCCGCUGUUCCUGCUGCAACGUGGGCAGUGUGUCCAUAUCGAAAGCUGGUUGAGCCACCCAGAAAAUGGGUCAUCCUGUGUCUUCUCUGCUCGGGUAGGACCUCAGGUGUGACCCGCCAGGAAGCUCCGGAUCACCCAUGAGUCCCUCCUUCAAAGCAGGCACAGCACCCACCCUGGAGCCCUAGGGUGGUGGUUCGAGGGCGCGGGGGCAGCUCCCUGAGCCCCCUGUACCUGCAUGAUUUCAGCAGGAGACAUUCAAUCCUUUGUGUCUCGGGGACCCACAGACCCCAGGGAAGCACAAUCGUAGAGGAAGCUGGACCAUCUAGACCCGGAUCUAGCAUUUCAAACAAGGGAUGGGGCCUCAAGGAAAGAAAAGCGCCGCCAACCCAACACUGGGUUGGAUGAGGUUAAACGGACCUCCUUUCUGCAGGACUUCUCAGAGCCUUUGUUCCCUCAGUAAUAUUUGCAGAAGGCCUGCGACGGCCCAGAGACUGUGCCACGUGCUGCAGGGGAGUGCCCAUCCAGAGGGCUGGGCGAUGGGAACUUUCCGUCUCCAUGACUUCGAAGGUUCUGGGCGCCACACACGAGUUCCUUCCCUGACGACUAAUGAUGUAAACACCUGUUCAUGUGCUUAUUGGCCAUUUGUGUGUCUUUCUUGGAGAAAAGUCAAUCUAUGUCCUUCACCCAUUUCUAAUUAUAUUGUUUGUAUUUUUAUUCUCGUAUUGUGAGUUACAUAUGUAUUCUGAGUGCAAGUCCCUUAUCAGAUAGAAGAUGUGAAAAUAUUGGCUCCCAUUCUGUGCGUGGUCUUCUCACUUUCGAGUGCCCUUUGGAACCCCCCAAUUUUUUAAAGAUUUUAUUUAUUUAUUUGAGAGAGAGAGAAUGAGAGACAGAGAGCAUGAGGGGGAGGAGGGUCAGAGGGAGAAGCAGGCUCCCCACUGAGCAGGGAGCCCGACGCGGGACUCGAUCCAGGGACUCCAGGAUCAUGACCUGAGCCGAAGGCAGUCGCUUAACCAUCUGAGCCACCCAGGCACCCCGAAGCCCCCCAAUUUUUAAUUUCCAUGUUGCCUCAUUUAUCCACUAUUUUCUUUGAUCUCAUGCUUUUGGUGUCCUCUCUAAGAAACCACUGCUUCCUUCAAGGUUAUGGAGAUCUACUCCUAUGUCUUACCCGAAGGGUUUUAUAGUUGUAGCUCUUACAGUUUUAGUUAAUUUUUGUAGAUGGUGUGAGGUGGGGGUGCGUGUGGCAGUCCACUUGUCCCAGCAUCAUCUCUUGGAAAGGCUGCUGCUUCCCCCACUGGACCGUCCUGGCACCCCUGUCUGACACCAACUGCCCAUGUGGUGUGCAGUGAUUCCUGGGCCCUCUGUUCUAGUCCCUGAAUCUGGACGUCCAUCCCUGGGCCAGAAGCUCUCCUUCUGGAUUACUGUGGUUUUGUAGGAAGUGUUAUGCUUGGGAAGCGCGAGUCCUCCAACCUUGUUCUUCUUCAAGAUUGCUUUGGCUCUUCUUGGUCCCUCACAUUUCCCUGUGAUAGGGAGGACCAGCGUUCCCAUUUCUGCAAGAAAGGUGGCUGGGAUUUUGACAGGGAUUUUCCUGAAUCUAGAUUGAUUACAGAUCAGUUUGAGGAGAAUUGUCAUCUUAACAAGAUUAAGUCUUCGAGCUGUGAACAAGGGAUGCCUUUUCACCCACCCAAGUAUUUCAUUUCUUUCAGUGACGUUUUGUGGUCUUCAGCUUAUAAGUCUUGCACUUCCUUUUAAAAUUUAAUCCUAAGUAUUUUAUUCUUUCUGACGCUCUUGUAAAUGGAAUUGUAAGCAGAAUUGUUUUGAUGUUAUUGUAAAUGGAAAUUGUUUUCUGAAUUUCAUGAUUGGGUUGCAGUGAAUAUUAUAGUGGGGUAAGUCAGGAUGCACGUUAUGAUGUCUCCAAGCCUCUAAAGGGAAAAUAAAAGAUGGAUAAUAACCAAGGUAAUGAGAGGAGAUGAAAUAAUAAAAACUAUAUAAUCCAGAAGAAGGGUGAGAAAGGAGAAUACCAAGCACUCAAUAUGACAAUGGACAUAAAUCCCAAUGUAGUAGGGGGUUACAGGAACUGAACGUGGACUGAAUGCUCCAGUUCAAAGGCAAAGAUUGUUCAACUGAGUUUAAAAAAUAUUACGGCCCGGGACGCCUGGGGUGAAGCGUCUGCCUUCAGCUCAGGUCAUGAUCCCAGAGCCCUGGGAUCAAGCCCCGAAUCGGGCUCCCUGCUCAGCGGAGAGUCUAUCCUCCCUCUCCCUCUGCCUCUCCCCUUGUUCAUGCUCACCUGCUCUCGCUCUCUCUCUCAAACAAAUAAAUAAAAUGUUUAAGAAAAUAAUAAUAAAAUAAAAUAAAAAAUAUUACAGUCCAAGAGCCUCCCCCCUGUGGCGGGCCAUGGAGGCUUGCUCGUUUGCUGCCCCACCACUGGUCACUCAGGUCCCUAGGAGAAGGUUCUAGAAGUCCCCGGUGCCGAGGAGACCUGCAGAAGUUCCAUGGCAGUUGGAGCGCCUCCAGGAAAAGGAGCCAUUUCCUUUCUGGUCUGGAAAAGAGCUGCCCAUCCGUUGGCCCUGCCUACGACUGGAGCAGCAUCUGCUCAGCUGGCCACCUGGCUGCGACCAUCUCCUGCCUCCCCUUCUCCCCCGGGCCCAUCUCUGCCUCGCCCAGCCGUUAGCCUCCUGGUCACAACUCACACAAGCCCACACCACCGCCGCUGUGUGGCCCUUGCCCCACGACGACAGAGGUCCAGCCAGGGCAGACAGCCAGGACCCCCUUGUCCCUCCCUGCCCCCAGCCCACACCCAGUGGAAGAGCGAACACUCGCGAGGAACCUCGUCGCCUUGCUUGGUCAGGACAGAGGUUGCGAGCGGCUCCAGAGACAGGUGGGGAGUGAGCCCCCCGCACACGGUGCUGCGUCAGGGUCUCCGUGCGCCGGCCGGAGGACCGUGCUGUAAGGAAGCGCCACGAUGACCAUCACACCGGACGUCAGGUUGGAGUAUUUAGAGGGAGUAGCUUCCCUCAUUCUGAAGUUCAAGCCAGACAAGUGGAGCAAGUUGGUCGGGGCCGAGGAGAACAUGGCCUUAUUCACCGAAUUCUUCGAGAAGCCAGACGUCCUGGUUCUGGUGUUGACGCUCAGCCCCGCCGGCAUGAUCAUACCCUGCCUGGGCUUCCCCGCCUCCCUCAAGUCCAAAGGGGUUUACUUCAUCAAGAAGGGACGGGAGAACAUCAGCAAGGAUACCUACAAGGACCGCCUCAUCUACGGGGACAUAAGUCCUGCGCCCGUGGAACAGCUGAUCGCCGUCGUGGAGGAGGUGCUCUACUCCCUGUUAAACCAAAGUGAAAACUUGAGUGGAUGGCCCCGGGUGGUCUCGGAAGACAUCAUGAAGCAAGUCCACAAGCUGAAGAAUGAGAUGUUCGUGAUGGGGGGCAAGAUCAAAGGGAAGACCCUGCUGCCCAUCCCGGAGCACCUGGGGAGUCUGGAUGGCACGCUGGAGUCCAUGGAGAGGAUCCCCCCUUCUCUGGACAACUCACUGCUGCAUGCCAUCGAAACCAUCAUCAUCGACUGGUCCCACCAGAUCCGGGACGUGCUGAGCAAAGACUCGGCCCAGCCCCUGCUGGAUGGGCUACACCCCCUGCCCCGAGUUGAGUUUGAGUUCUGGGAUGCCCGGCUGAUGAAUCUCAAGUGCAUCCAUGAGCAGCUGAAUAGGCCCAAAGUGAACAAAAUAGUUGAGAUCCUGGAAAAAGCCAAGAGCUGUUACUGCCCAGCCCUGCAAAACGUGUACACGGACGUCAUGGAGGGGCUGAAGGAGGCCAGCGACAUCGUUCUGUAUCUGAAGCCUCUGCGGAUCCUGCUGGAGGAGAUGGAGCAGGCCGACUUCACGAUGCUCCCGACCUUCAUUGCGAAGGUGCUCUAUACCGUCUGCUUCAUCUGGGCCACGUCCGAGCACUACAACACGCCCUCCAGGCUCAUCGUCAUCCUGCAGGAGUUUUGCAACCAAAUCAUCGAGAUGACGCGCACUUUCCUGAGCCCAGAAGAGGUGCUGAAAGGCUUGCAGGGAGAAACAGAGGAGGUUCUGAGCAACAUCUCUCUGUCCGUGAACGUUCUGAAGGAGCUUUACCGCGCCUAUGAUUUCUGCUGCGCAAACAUGAAGCUUUUCUUUAAGGACAAGGAGCCGGUGCCCUGGGAAUUCCCUUCUUCUCUGGCAUUUUCCAGGAUGAAUUCCUUCUUCCAUCGCAUCCAGACCAUUGAGGAUCUUUAUAAAACAGCUAUUGAGUUUCUGAAGCUGGAGAAGAUCGAGCUCGGGGGCGUGAGGGCCAACAUCCUCGGAAGCAUGGUCACUCAGAUUUACGAUGAGGUCUUUGAGCUGGUGAAGGUUUUUGCUGAAUGCAAAUAUGACCCCUUGGACCCUGGAGACUCAAGUUUCGAUGACGAUUACGCUGAUUUUGAGACCAAAAUUCAAGAUCUGGAUAGGCGGCUGGCCACGAUCUUUUGCCAAGGGUUUGACGGCUAUAGCUCCAUCGAGUCCUGUGCCAAGCUCCUGCAUGUGUGCGGGGGCCUCCUGGAGCGGCCCCUGAUCCUUGCGGAGGUGGUGCCCAGGUACUCGGCCAUGCUGGAGCUCUUUGACGCCGAGCUGGACAACACCAAGACCUUGUAUGACGCGCAGCUCGCGGCCUCUGCAGAUGGGAAUAUCCCCCCGAUCCACAAGAACAUGCCCCCCGUGGCUGGGCAGCUCAAGUGGAGCCUGGAGCUACAGGAGAGGCUGGAGGCGCCCAGGCGGGACCUGAAGCUCAUAGAGCACCCGGUCAUGUCCAGCUCGGAGGCCAAGCUGAUCUACCAGAAGUACGACGAGAUGCUGGAGCUGCUGAGGGGCUACCGAGAGAAGAUCUACCAGCAGUGGGUGGCCGGCGUGGACCAGGACUGCCACUUCAACCUGGGGCAGCCCCUGAUACGGCGAGACCCGGUCACCAAGCUCGUCCAAGUCAACUUCAGCAAAGCGCUGGUGGCAGUUCUGAGAGAAGUCAAGUACUUGGGCUUCCAGCAACAGAAAGAGAUUCCAAGCAGCGCUGAGAAUCUGUUCUCACAACAUGAAACCUUCCGGAAGUUUGUGGGCAACUUGGAACUCAUCGUUGGCUGGUACAAUGAGGUAAAGACCACGGUGAUGGAAGUAGAAUCUCCACUAAUAAAGUCGGAACUGGAAGACAUCGAUGUCAAACUACUGAGUGCUGAAACCACGCUCUUCUGGAACAGCGAAGGUGUGUUAGAAUAUAUUCAAGAGAUGCGAGAAAUUCUCCAAAACUUGCAGAAUAGGAUACAGAAAGCAAAGCAGAAUAUAGAUGGGAUUUCUCAGGCCAUGAAGGACUGGUCAGCCAACCCAAUGUUUGAGAGGAAGGACAAUAAGAAGGAGGCCCUGCUGGAUUUGGACGGAAGGGUGGUCAACCUCAACAGGCGCUACACUGCGGUCAAGGAGGCCGGCCUGAAGAUCCAGGCCAUGGUCAUGGAAAAUGCUGAACUGUUCAGAGCAGAUACAAUGAGCCAGUCCUGGAAAGACUACGUCAACUAUGUUGACAACAUGGUCCUGGAUGAAUUUGACCAUUUCAUCCGCAAAUCUCUGAAUUACUUCAUAGACAACAUGGUCUUGGAUGAGAGCGUGGCGCCACUCUUUGAGGUCCGCAUGGAGCUGGACGAGGACGGGCUGGUCUUCCAUCCAUCCCUGGAGAUGGGCGCGGACCAUGGCUUCCUGACGCUGAUUGAGGGCCUGAUCAAUGACAUCUACAACGCAGCCAAGUUCAUCCCCCGGCUGGCCAAGGGCCAAAUGAGCUACAAGGCAGACCUGGAAGACAUGACGGACCUCAUAGAGAUGAGGGAGGAGAUGUCCAACCUGGUCAUCAGCGCCAUGAAGGAGGCUGAGGAGUACCAGGACUCCUUCGAGAGGUACUCCUACCUCUGGAUGGACGACCCCCAGGAGUUCAUGAAGAACUUCCUGAUCUACGGGCGUGCGGUCACCCCGGAGGACUUGGACACCCGGGCUGAAGAGACCCUCUCCAAGACACCACCCAGCCUCACCCAGUUCCAGCAGCAGAUCGAUUCCUACGAGAAGCUGUACGAGGAAGUGUCCAAGUGUGAGAACACCAAGGUGUUCAACGGCUGGCUUCAGUGUGACUGCCGCCCCUUCAAGCAGGCCCUCCUCAACAUCAUCAAGCGCUGGAGCUUGAUGUUCAAGCGACACCUGAGCGACCACGUCAUCAACAGCCUGGCUGACCUGGAAGCCUUCAUGAAAGUCGCCAGGACGGGCUUAACCAAGACCCUCAAGGAGGGAGAUUACGACGGUCUCGUGGAGGUGAUGGGUCAUCUGAUGAAGGUCAAGGAGAGGCAGGUGUCCACCGACAGCAUGUUUGAGCCCCUGAAGCAAACCAUUGAGCUGCUCAAGACCUACGGGGAGGAGAUACCGGAAGAGACACACCUGAAGCUGCAGGAGCUGCCAGAGCAGUGGGCAAACACCAAGAAGCUGGCGAUCCAGGUGAAGCAGAACGUGGCGCCCCUGCAGGCCAACGAGGUCAACAUCCUGCGGCGGAAGUGCCAGCAGUUCGAGCUCAAGCAGCAGGAGUUCAGAGAGAAGUUCCGGCGAGAAGCCCCGUUCAGCUUCACCGACCCCGACCCCUACAAGUCCCUGAAUAAGCAACAAAAGAGCAUCGCGUCCAUGGAGAGCACCAUGGAGGCCCUGUGCAAGUCCGGGAGCCUGUUCGAAGUCACGGUCCCAGACUACAAGCAGCUCAAAGCUUGUCACAAGGAGGUCCGCCUGCUGAAGGAGCUCUGGGACAUGAUCGUCAUGGUGAACACCAGCAUUGACAACUGGAAGACCACCAAGUGGAAAGAUAUCAACGUUGAGCAGAUGGACAUAGAUUGUAAGAAGUUUGCCAAAGACGUGAGGUCUCUGGACAAGGAGAUGAAGAGCUGGGACGCCUUCGUGGGGCUGGACAACACCGUGAAGAACAUGAUCACAUCCCUGCGCGCCGUGAGCGAGCUGCAGAACCCCGCCAUCCGGGACCGCCACUGGCAGCAGCUCAUGCAGGCCACGCAGGUGAAAUUUAGAAUGUCAGAUGAGACUACCCUGGCAGAUUUACUGCAGCUGAACCUCCACAAAUACGAGGAUGAGGUCCGAAAUAUCGUUGACAAGGCUGUGAAAGAGUCUGGGAUGGAAAAGGUGCUGAAAGCCCUGGACGCCACGUGGUCCACCAUGGAGUUUGAGCACGAGCCACACCCACGCAUGGGCACCAUGAUGCUCAAGUCGGACGAGGUGCUGGUGGAGACCCUGGAAGACAACCAGGUGCAGCUGCAGAACCUGAUGAUGUCCAAGUACCUGUCCCACUUCCUGAAGGAGGUGACGAGCUGGCAGCAGAAGCUGUCCACGGCGGACUCCGUCAUCUCAAUCUGGUUUGAGGUCCAGAGGACCUGGAGCCACCUGGAGAGCAUCUUCAUCGGCUCCGAGGACAUCCGCGCCCAGCUGCCGGAGGACUCCAAGCGCUUUGACGACAUUGACAUGGAGUUCAAGGCCCUGAUGGAAGAGGCGGUGAAAACCCCCAACGUGGUAGAAGCCACCAACAAGCCUGGUCUCUACGACAAACUGGAGAAUCUGAAGAAGAGCUUGGCUGUGUGCGAGAAGGCCUUGGCGGAAUAUUUAGAGACAAAAAGACUGGCUUUCCCGAGGUUCUACUUUGUCUCCUCGGCUGACCUCCUGGACAUCCUCUCUAACGGAAAUGACCCCGUGGAGGUGAGCCGCCACCUGGCCAAGCUCUUCGACAGCCUGUGUAAACUCAAGUUUCGCCUUGAUGCCGACGAGAAGCCUCUCAAAUUCGGCCUGGGCAUGUUCAGCAAGGAGGACGAGUACGUGGACUUCGACCAAGAGUGUGACCUCUCAGGGCAGGUGGAAGUGUGGCUGAACCGAGUGCUGGACCGCAUGUGUGCUACUCUGAGGCAUGAAAUCCCAGAGGCCGUGGUGACGUACGAGGAAAAGCCGAGGGAGCAGUGGAUCUUGGAUUACCCAGCCCAGAUUGCACUCACGUGCACGCAGAUCUGGUGGACCACCGAGGUGGGCCUGGCAUUCUCGAGGCUGGAGGAAGGCUAUGAAAACUCCAUCAAGGAUUACAACAAAAAGCAGAUCAGCCAGCUGAACGCGCUCAUCACCCUGCUCAUUGGAAACCUCAGUGCCGGCGACAGGAUGAAGAUCAUGACCAUCUGCACCAUCGACGUGCAUGCCCGGGACGUGGUCGCCAAAAUGAUCACAGCCAAGGUGGAGAGCUCCCAGGCCUUCACCUGGCAGUCCCAGCUCCGGCAUCGCUGGGACGAAGAGAAGAAGCACUGCUUUGCCAACAUCUGUGACGCCCAAAUCCAGUACUCCUACGAAUACCUGGGCAACACGCCACGGCUGGUCAUCACCCCGCUCACGGACAGAUGCUACAUAACCUUGACCCAGUCCCUGCACCUGAUCAUGGGCGGGGCCCCCGCUGGCCCUGCCGGGACCGGCAAGACGGAGACAACCAAGGAUCUGGGCAGGGCCCUGGGCACCAUGGUGUAUGUCUUCAACUGCUCGGAGCAAAUGGACUACAAGUCUUGUGGGAACAUCUACAAGGGCCUGGCUCAGACUGGAGCAUGGGGCUGCUUUGAUGAAUUUAACCGAAUCUCGGUGGAGGUCUUGUCCGUGAUCGCUGUGCAGGUUAAAUGUGUCCAAGAUGCGAUUCGGGCCAAGAAAAAAACGUUCAGUUUCCUGGGAGAGAUGAUAGGUCUCAUCCCCACCGUGGGCAUUUUCAUCACCAUGAACCCUGGGUAUGCAGGACGCACCGAGCUGCCCGAGAAUUUAAAGGCCUUAUUCAGGCCCUGCGCCAUGGUGGUUCCCGACUUUGAACUGAUAUGUGAGAUCAUGCUGGUGGCCGAGGGCUUUCUGGAAGCCCGCCUGCUGGCCAGGAAGUUCAUCACGCUCUAUACCUUGUGCAAAGAGCUCCUGUCGAAGCAGGAUCAUUACGACUGGGGCUUGCGAGCCAUCAAGUCUGUGCUGGUGGUGGCCGGCUCCCUGAAGAGGGGCGACCCCAGCCGGGCAGAGGACCAGGUGCUCAUGAGGGCGCUGAGAGACUUCAACAUCCCCAAGAUCGUGACCGACGACCUGCCCGUGUUCAUGGGGCUGAUCGGGGACCUUUUCCCUGCCCUGGACGUGCCUCGGAAGCGGGACCUGAAUUUUGAAAAGAUCAUCAAGCAGAGCAUCGUGGAGCUCAAGCUGCAGGCAGAAGACAGCUUUGUGCUGAAGGUCGUGCAGCUCGAGGAGCUACUCCAAGUGCGCCACUCGGUGUUUGUCAUCGGGAACGCGGGCAGUGGCAAAUCUCAGGUCCUCAAGUCUCUCAACAAGACCUAUCAGAACAUGAAGAGGAAGCCGGUUGCCGUGGACCUGGACCCCAAGGCUGUCACCUGUGAUGAGCUGUUUGGCAUCAUCAACCCGGCCACCAGGGAGUGGAAAGACGGCCUUUUCUCCACCAUAAUGCGGGAUCUGGCCAACAUCACUCAUGAUGGCCCCAAGUGGAUUGUCUUGGAUGGAGACAUAGACCCAAUGUGGAUUGAAUCUCUCAACACUGUGAUGGAUGACAACAAGGUCCUCACCCUGGCCAGCAAUGAGCGAAUCCCCCUAAACCGCACCAUGAGGCUGGUGUUCGAGAUCAGCCACCUGAGGACGGCCACCCCUGCCACCGUCUCCAGAGCCGGCAUUCUUUACAUCAACCCCGCAGAUCUGGGGUGGAACCCGGUGGUGAGCAGCUGGAUUGAGAGGCGCAAGGUGCAGUCUGAGAAGGCCAACCUGAUGAUCCUCUUCGACAAGUACCUGCCCACGUGCCUGGAUAAGUUGCGCUUUGGGUUUAAGAAGAUCACGCCCAUACCGGAGAUCACGGUCACCCAGAUGAUCCUGUACCUGCUCGAGUGCCUCCUCACAGAGAAGAACGCGCCACCCGACUCCCCCAAAGAGCUGUACGAGCUCUACUUUGUGUUUGCCUGCUUCUGGGCUUUCGGGGGAGCCAUGUUCCAGGACCAGCUUGUAGAUUAUCGAGUCGAGUUCAGCAAAUGGUGGAUCAAUGAAUUUAAAACGAUCAAGUUCCCCUCGCAGGGAACGAUCUUCGACUACUACAUAGAUCCUGACACUAAAAAGUUCCUGCCGUGGACGGAAAAAGUGCCUGCCUUUGAGCUGGACCUGGACGUCCCACUGCAGGCCUCUCUGGUGCACACCACAGAAACCAUCCGAAUCCGCUACUUCAUGGACCUGCUCAUGGAGAAGUCGUGGCCAUUGAUGCUGGUGGGGAACGCGGGCACGGGCAAGUCCGUGCUGAUGGGGGACAAGCUGCAGAGCCUCAACACCGACGACUACCUAGUUCAGGCUGUGCCCUUCAACUUCUACACGACCUCAGCCAUGCUACAGGGGGUUCUUGAGAAGCCACUGGAGAAGAAAUCCGGUAGGAACUACGGCCCCCCAGGCACCAAGAAGCUGAUCUACUUCAUUGACGACAUGAACAUGCCCGAGGUGGACAAGUAUGGGACAGUGGCCCCCCACACGCUCAUCCGGCAGCACAUGGACCACGGGCACUGGUAUGACAGACAGAAGCUGACGCUGAAGGACAUCCAUAACUGCCAGUACGUGGCUUGCAUGAACCCCACCUCCGGAUCCUUCACCAUCGAUCCCAGACUCCAGCGCCAUUUCUGUGUGUUUGCUGUGAGCUUCCCGGGCCAGGAGGCCCUCACCACCAUCUACAACACAAUCUUGGCCCAGCACCUGGCCUUCCGCUCGGCCCCCAUGGUGGUUCAGAGGAUGAGCAGCCAGCUCGUGGCCUCGGCCCUGGCCCUGCAUCAGAAAGUCACUGCAACAUUUCUUCCCACGGCCAUUAAAUUUCACUAUGUCUUCAAUCUCCGGGAUCUCUCCAAUAUUUUCCAGGGACUCUUAUUCUCCACAGUGGAGAUCCUGAGAAUACCGCUUGACCUAGUCCGCCUCUGGCUGCACGAAGCUGAGAGGGUGUAUGGGGACAAAAUGGUUGACGAGAAAGACCAAGAAACAUUGCGCAGGGUCACCAUUGCUUCCACCAAGAAAUUCUUUGAUGAUCUUGGGGAUGAGCUCCUAUUUGCCAAACCAAAUCUCUUCUGCCACUUUUCUCACGGGAUCGGCGAGCCCAAAUACCUCUCGGUAACCAACCUGGCUCAUCUGAACAAGCUCCUAGUGGACGUCCUAGACAGUUACAAUGAAGUCAACGCAGUCAUGAACUUGGUGCUGUUUGAAGAUGCGGUGGCUCACAUCUGCAGGAUCAACCGCAUCCUGGAGUUGCCCCGGGGGAAUGCCCUGCUGGUGGGCGUGGGCGGCAGCGGUAAGCAGAGCCUCUCACGCCUGGCCGCCUACAUCAGUGCCCUGGACGUGUUCCAGAUCACCCUCAAGAAGGGCUACGGGAUCCCGGACCUCAAGGUUGACCUGAGCACACAGUACAUAAAGUCGGCGGUGAAGAGCGUCCCCUCGGUGUUCCUGAUGACAGACUCCCAGGUGGCCGAGGAGCAGUUUCUGGUGCUGAUCAAUGACCUGCUGGCCUCGGGGGAGAUCCCUGGGCUGUUCACGGACGACGAGGUGGAGAACAUCAUCUCCUCCAUGCGACCACAAGUGAAGUCCCUCGGCAUGACUGACACUCGGGAAGCAUGCUGGAAAUUCUUCAUUGAGAAAGUGCGCAAGCAGCUUAAGGUGAUCUUGUGUUUCUCUCCCGUGGGCUCCAUCCUGCGCGUGCGGGCAAGGAAAUUCCCUGCCAUCGUCAACUGCACGGCCAUCAACUGGUUCCACGAGUGGCCGGAAGAUGCCCUUGUGUCCGUGAGCGCGCGCUUCCUCGAGGAAACCGAGGGCAUUCACCCAGAAGUCAAGGCCUCCAUCAGCCUCUUCAUGUCCUACGUGCACACAACGGUCAACGAGAUGUCCAAGUUGUACUUGGCCACGGAGAGGCGCUCCAAUUACACCACACCCAAAACCUUCCUGGAGCAGAUCAAACUCUACCAGAACCUGCUGGCCAAGAAGAGAAUGGAGCUGGUGGCCAAGAUUGAGAGGCUGGAGAAUGGUCUGACGAAGCUGCAGAGCACGGCGUCCCAGGUGGAUGAUUUAAAAGCCACGCUGGCGAUUCAGGAGGCCGAACUCAAGCAGAAAAAUGAGAAUGCGGACAAGCUGAUCCACGUGGUGGGCGUGGAAACCGAGAAGGUCAGCAAAGAGAAAGCCAUCGCCGACGAGGAAGAGGCCAAGGUGGAGGUCAUCAACAAGAAUGUCACAGAGAAACAAAAAGCUUGUGAAACGGACCUGGCCAAGGCCGAGCCAGCCCUCCUGGCCGCGCAGGAAGCUCUCGACACUCUGAAUAAGAACAACCUGACAGAGCUGAAGUCCUUCGGGUCCCCCCCGGAUGCCGUGGUCAACGUCACGGCUGCCGUCAUGAUCCUGACCGCGCCCGGGGGCAAGAUCCCCAAGGAUAAGAGCUGGAAAGCUGCGAAAAUCAUGAUGGGCAAAGUGGACACCUUCCUGGACUCCUUGAAAAAGUUUGACAAGGAGCACAUCCCCGAGGCCUGCCUGAAAGCAUUUAAGCCCUACCAAGGCAACCCGACCUUCGACCCCGAGUUCAUCCGCUCCAAGUCCACGGCGGCCGCGGGCCUAUGCUCCUGGUGCAUCAACAUCGUCCGCUUCUACGAGGUGUACUGCGACGUGGCCCCCAAGAGGCAGGCCCUGGAGGAGGCUAACGCCGAGCUGGCUGAGGCGCAGGAGAAGCUCUCGCGGAUCAAAAACAAGAUUGCGGAACUCAAUGCCAACCUGAGCAACCUCACGUCGGCCUUUGAAAAGGCAACAGCAGAGAAGAUCAAGUGCCAACAAGAGGCCGACGCCACCAACAGGGUGAUCUCGCUGGCCAACAGGCUGGUAGGGGGAUUAGCGUCGGAGAACGUGCGCUGGGCUGAAUCGGUGAAGAACUUCAAAAGCCAGGGGGUCACUCUGUGUGGGGACGUCCUGCUGAUUUCCGCCUUCGUAUCCUACGUGGGCUACUUCACCAAGAAAUACCGAAACGAGCUGAUGGAGAAAUUUUGGGUCCCUUAUAUAAAUCAGUUAAAGGUCCCCAUCCCGAUCACGGAAGGUCUGGACCCCUUGAGCCUGCUGACGGAUGACGCAGACGUGGCCACUUGGAACAACCAGGGCCUCCCCAGCGACCGCAUGUCCACUGAGAAUGCCACCAUCCUGUGCAACACGGAGCGCUGGCCCCUCAUCGUGGAUGCCCAGCUGCAAGGAAUCAAGUGGAUCAAAAACAAAUAUGGCAGUGAACUGAAAGCCAUCCGCCUGGGACAGAAGAGCUACCUGGACAUCAUUGAGCAGGCCAUUUCCGAAGGGGACAUCUUGCUCAUCGAGAACAUUGGCGAAACCGUGGACCCUGUGCUGGACCCGCUGCUCGGCAGAAACACCAUUAAGAAGGGAAAGUUCAUUAAGAUCGGCGACAAGGAGGUGGAGUACCACCCCAAGUUCCGUCUCAUCCUGCACACCAAGCACUUCAACCCACACUACAAGCCCGAGAUGCAAGCCCAGUGCACCCUGAUCAACUUCCUGGUCACCAGGGACGGGCUCGAGGACCAGCUCUUGGCUGCUGUGGUGGCCAAAGAGCGCCCGGAUCUAGAGCAGCUGAAGGCGAACCUCACCAAGUCCCAAAAUGAAUUCAAGAUUGUUUUGAAGGAGCUGGAAGACUCCCUGCUGGCCCGGCUGUCGGCUGCGUCAGGGAACUUCCUGGGGGACACGGCCUUAGUAGAGAAUCUGGAGACCACCAAGCACACGGCCAGCGAGAUCGAGGAGAAGGUGAAAGAGGCAAAAAUCACAGAGGUUAAAAUCAAUGAGGCCAGAGAGAACUACCGGCCAGCCGCAGAGAGGGCGUCCCUGCUGUACUUCAUACUGAACGACCUCAACAAGAUUAACCCCAUCUAUCAGUUCUCACUCAAGGCCUUCAACGUGGUAUUCGAGAAGGCCAUCCAGAAGACCACCCCCGCAGAGGAGGUCAGGCAGCGAGUAAUCAACCUGACGGACGAGAUCACCUACUCCGUCUACAUGUACACGGCCCGCGGGCUCUUCGAGCGGGACAAGCUCAUCUUCCUGGCCCAGGUGGCCUUCCAGGUCUUGUCCAUGAAGAAAGAGCUGAACCCAGUCGAGCUGGAUUUCCUCCUGCGGUUCCCUUUCAAGGCAGGGGUCCAGUCGCCGGUGGACUUCCUGCAGCACCAGGGAUGGGGCGGCAUCAAGGCCCUGUCGGAAAUGGAUGAGUUCAAGAACCUGGACAACGACAUCGAAGGGUCUGCCAAGCGGUGGAAGAAGCUGGUGGAGUCGGAAGCCCCUGAGAAGGAAAUCUUCCCCAAGGAGUGGAAGAACAAAACGUCCUUGCAGAAGCUGUGCAUGGUGAGGUGCAUGCGGCCAGACCGCAUGACCUACGCCGUCAAGAACUUUGUGGAGGAGAAGAUGGGCAGCAAGUUCGUGGAGGGCCGGAGCGUCGAGUUUUCCAAGUCCUACGAGGAGAGCAGCCCUUCUACUCCGAUUUUCUUCAUCCUUUCCCCAGGCGUUGACCCCCUCAAAGACGUGGAAGCCCUGGGGAAAAAGCUGGGAUUUACCAUAGACAACGGGAAACUGCAUAACGUGUCCCUGGGGCAGGGACAGGAGGUGGUGGCCGAGGACGCUCUGGACAUGGCUGCAGAGAUGGGACACUGGGUCAUUCUGCAGAACAUCCACCUUGUGGCGCGGUGGCUGAGCACCCUGGACAAGAAGGUGGAGCACCACAGCAUGGGCAGCCACGAGGACUACCGCGUGUUCAUCAGCGCCGAGCCCGCCCCCAGCCCCGAGUCCCACAUCAUCCCCCAGGGCAUCCUGGAAAACGCCAUCAAAAUCACCAAUGAGCCACCCACGGGCAUGCACGCCAACCUGCACAAGGCUCUGGACCUCUUCACCCAGGACACCCUGGAGAUGUGCACCAAGGAGAUCGAGUUCAAGUGCAUCCUCUUCGCCCUGUGCUACUUUCACGCCGUGGUGGCCGAGAGGCGAAAGUUUGGGGCCCAGGGCUGGAAUAGGUCGUACCCCUUCAACAACGGGGACCUCACCAUCUCCAUCAACGUGCUCUACAACUACCUGGAGGCCAACACCAAGGUGCCCUGGGACGACCUCCGCUACCUGUUUGGAGAAAUCAUGUACGGCGGCCACAUCACGGACGACUGGGACCGGCGGCUGUGCAGGACGUACCUGGCAGAGUACGUGCGGGCGGAGAUGCUGGAGGGCGAGAUCCUGCUGGCGCCGGGCUUUCAGAUCCCCCCCAACCUGGAUUACAAGGGUUACCACGAGUACAUCGAUGAGAACCUGCCCCCCGAGAGUCCCUACCUGUACGGCCUGCACCCCAAUGCAGAGAUUGGCUUCUUGACAGUCACGUCAGAGAAGCUGUUCCGCACCGUCCUGGAAAUGCAGCCCAAAGAGACCGACUCAGGAGCAGGCACCGGAGUAUCUCGCGAGGAGAAGGUGAAGGCCGUGCUGGAGGAGAUCCUGGAGAAGGUCCCGGAGAUGUUCAACAUGGCCGAGAUCAUGGCGAAGGCGGCUGAGAAGACCCCCUAUGUGGUGGUCGCCUUCCAGGAAUGUGAAAGAAUGAACAUCCUCACCAAUGAGAUGCGCCGCUCGCUGAAGGAGCUGAGCCUAGGGCUGAAGGGGGAACUGACCAUCACGACCGACAUGGAAGACCUGUCCACGGCGCUGUUCUACGACACCGUGCCCGACCCAUGGGUGGCCCGGGCCUACCCCUCCAUGAUGGGCCUGGCGGCCUGGUACGCCGACCUGUUGCUCCGCAUCAGGGAGCUCGAGGCCUGGACGACAGACUUCACCCUGCCCACCACCGUGUGGCUGGCCGGCUUCUUCAACCCCCAGUCCUUCCUCACGGCCAUCAUGCAGUCCAUGGCCAGGAAGAACGAGUGGCCGCUGGACAAGAUGUGUCUGUCUGUGGAAGUAACCAAGAAGAACCGGGAGGACAUGACGGCACCGCCCCGAGAGGGCUCCUAUGUGUAUGGGCUCUUCAUGGAAGGCGCUCGCUGGGACACCCAGACUGGAGUCAUCGCUGAAGCCAGGCUGAAGGAGCUGACGCCAGCCAUGCCCGUCAUCUUCAUCAAGGCCAUUCCUGUGGACCGCAUGGACACCAAGAACAUCUAUGAGUGUCCUGUGUACAAAACACGCAUCCGCGGCCCCACCUACGUCUGGACCUUUAACCUCAAGACCAAAGAGAAGGCAGCGAAGUGGAUCCUGGCGGCCGUGGCCCUGCUCUUACAGGUCUAGCAUAGCUGGGGCAGGGUUGACAAUUAGAAAUUCAGCCCUGCCACUGUUCCUUAUUUUUAUAGGAACCGAUAGUUGCCUUUUGUCUAAGUAACCCAGACACUUUAGAAG